AUGCGCCCUUUCGCGCCGAAACCUGUCAACAUCAAGGAUCUCUAUGGCCAGCUACAACCAAAACAUCGUCGGGCGGACUGUUUUGCUCAAUACCUUCGACAGGAGGUUUGGCACCAUCGGGGCACCCCCGUUCUGGAAUCCGAUAUCUGGGAUCUGCCCUAUGAUGUUCGCCUCACAGGACCCAUCACUCUCCAUGAAGUCAACGUUGCCAUUCGUCGCCUCCGUCCUCGACGUGCUCCUGGCCCUGAUGGUCUCCAUCCUGAAUGCUACAUCCUGUCUCCGGUUGUUUUCCGUUAUUUCCUAGCGCAACUUUUCACAGCAUGCUUCAAUGGCCCUGCGGUCCCAAAGCAGUGGAUGCACUCAUUUGUCGUGACGAUUCCCAAGUCUCAGGCCAAACCCCUCACUGACUUGACAAACUACCGCCCCAUUUCCCUGACCAACAUAAACUACAAACUCUACGCAACAAUUCUGCGUGCCCGACUCCAGCUCAUUGCUGGGCAAUACCUCCGACCUACUCAAUUUGGUUUCCGUUCAGGCCGCUCUGUUUCACAACCAGUUCAUGUCAUACGACAAAUUCUACAACUCCACGAACGUCAGCAGCUUCCACUCCACCUUGUUUUCCUUGACUGGUCUAAGGCCUUCGAUUCGGUACCCCACGACAAAAUUCCGUAUGCUCUUUCCUCCCUCGAUGUUCCAGAGCCCCUUGCCAAUGCCAUCAUGUCUCUUUAUGCUUCUCCUACCUUUCAAGUUCACGACAGUGGCUUCACAUCAGACGUUCACCAACAGCUAGGCGGUGUCCGUCAAGGCUGUCCUUUAUCGCCUUAUCUGUUCGUACUUUGCAUGUCUGCGCUCUUCCGCCACGUGGAACUCUUCUAUGAAUCUCAUUUCUCUCAAAUUGCGGGCGUAAUCAACCGUCCUUUCCCUUUGUGGGACCUGCAAUAUGCUGAUGAUACCGUCCUUUUGGCACACUCACCUAUUGCCCUAACCCGGCUGCUACACACCCUUCAAAUUCUUGCUCUUGAUUUUGGACUGGAACUCAAUUUCUCGAAAUGCGAACACAUCGCCCUCCACUCGUGUGAGCGUAUCCGCUUUUGUCCUGAUCUGAACUCCGAGCAAUGUCCUUGCAACCUCUGUUUCGGCUCAACGGAACCCUCAGAACUGGUGACUCUUGCCACUUCAGCCAGAUAUCUAGGUGCUCAUGUCAACGACACUGGUUCCUCAGCGGAACAUAUCAAAGCUCUUAGGUGUAUAUUGAUCCUAAUCAAUAUGCGAUGCUCAGGGUUCCGCAAUCAGUGUAUUAGCCCCAGCUUCCGCCUCCUUGUUUACCAAUCAGUUGUCCAAUCCAUUCUUCUCUUCACCAUCGAGAGCAUCGUCCCAACCCGAGCAGAGCUUGUUCGUCUUGAUUCUGUUCACUUUCGUAUUCUCCGGCAGAUUUUUGGAAUCAAAUCCUCCUUUUUCCACCGGGCUCUCCAGGAUGACAGGAUGACUUGA